GACGGUCCCGAUCCGUCAUUCGAGAGUUUAGUACGGUCGAUCCUGAGCAGAGUUGAGCGCGACGACGCGCGUCUCGCAAAAUGGCAGAACGAAGCCGCGCGGGUUAUCUCGCGCUCCUCUACCUAGUCUGUUUGGUCGCGCAGAUGGUGCGGUCGAACCCGGUGAACAUCCCCCUGAACCGGGUAUCGUCGCAACUGUCGGAGAAGGCGUGGAGAGCCCUGAACGAUCACUCUCCGACGCAUCACUUGUACGCGCAUGGCAAUCUAAUAAAUGCGCAGGAAUUGGAUGAGCCUCCUUACAAAGUAUACAAAUUCACGUACGACUUGCGUCCAAUAUGCGGAACGUCCUGUCCCAGAGAGGCCUGUACUAUUGACCUGAAACAAGACGAGUACGGCGACAUAGAGACGCUGAAUGAUUCCAUUCAGUGUAUGUACUUCUAUCCAGCUGAUGCGCAGAAUGACAUGUCACAGGAGCAGCAGAAUUAUCAGGAGCAGGAGGACACUCAGGUCACUCAGGAGAGUCUGACCGAACAGGUGAACAACAAUCGAAGCGUGGAAUUGGAUCACGAGAUUCAGGAGACCGGCGAUGAGAACGUUAGACCGUUCAUCGCUAUGCGCGCUUCUGGGAACAACUAUUGUCCAGGUUGUCCGUACGAGCUGAAUCCGAAUCUGCCAGGUCUCCUUGCCUUCGGUGAUCAAGCAUUGAGAUCAAUGGACGAGCAGACCACGAGCGAUUACAAGCACAAGUUAAUGAGCAUCGUAAGAGUCACCCGUUCGGUACCGGUCUCGUCCAACGUGAUAGAGUAUCAGCUGUUACUGCUGAUAGGCGAGUCUGAAUGUCUGAAGAACGCUCUAUUCGACCGUUCCAACAAGUUGUGCCUGGUCACGUUCGAGCAACGACCGUGGCAACAGUCGUCUCUCAGGAUUACUAAGAAUAACUGUACAGAUCCCGAGAACGUGUCCAGUGCCAUUUACCAAAAUCGGAGAUCAAAUUUGGAGAGCGAAUCCUUUGUGACGGUCAAGUAUAACGAAGGACAACCAUCUCACACUGAGACAGCUGAGAUGUAUGAAGGCUUGAAGGAAAUUUUAGACAAUUAUACCCUCGCGCCUUCGACACCCUCAAAGGAACCCGAGGAAGCUGAGGUCACAGAAUCCGCUAUCAUGAAGGUAGUGUUGAAUAAGAGUCAGGACGACGAAAAGAUCUCGAGUUUUACGGACAAAGCAAAAGAAUUCAAAGAAUUCUUAGAGGACUUUGAUCUGCCUGUCAAGGUGGAAGAUGCUACACCCAAUACAGGUGAAGCUAUAAAAGAAGUCAAGGAAGAGAAAUUUCUGCGAAAGAAGGUUUCCGUGGAGGAUCUGAAGCUCGAAAAGGUAAACGAUAGAGAAAACGUUAAUAACAGAAGGAAGCGUUCGGAGCCUGCUCAGAACUUGGUUGGUGCUCCUACAACAACGUCCAUAAACAAUUCUAAUGUUCAACUCUUUGCUCAAAAAGCUCUGCAGAAAAUUUCCAAAGAAUCAGACAGCCCAAACGAGCCUCUCAUAGUAGAAAUCACCGAAGCGAGUGUCCAGGUGGUCGCUGGUCAUCUUUACAAGAUCAAAGUUAAACUGGGCGACAGUGAUUGUUUAAAGGGCGCCAAGGAAGGCUGUGGGGUGAAGGAGUGUCUGAUAAAGGUGUGGUCGCGACCAUGGCUCGAUCAGGGUUCGCCUGAUAUAACGGUCACGUGCCCUCCGCCGGAAAAUAGCAGAAGGAAACGAUCCCUGCGGGGCGUUAAUUACAGCAACAAGAUGCUGCGGAUCUCCGAGGACAUAAAGGCCGAGCGGCUAUUCGACAUCUUUGUGACGACCUACAAUCGAACGUACUCUUCGGCAGAGGAAAGAAAUCAGCGAUUUAAAAUAUUCCGCGAGAAUCUCAAGUUGAUAGAGAUGUUACAGAAGAACGAGCAGGGAACCGGCGUCUACGGCGUGAACAUGUUCGCCGAUGUGUCGCAAAAGGAAUUCCGCACACGUUAUCUCGGUCUACGACUCGAUUUGCAAUCGGAGAACGAGAUACCUCUACCCAAGGCCGAGAUCCCGGAUAUCGAACUAUCACCCAGCUUCGACUGGCGACAGAAAGGCGUCGUGACUCCAGUGAAGAAUCAAGGCUCAUGUGGUUCGUGUUGGGCCUUUUCGGUGACGGGUAACGUCGAGGGCCAAUACGCAAUCAAGCACGGCCAGCUGUUGUCUCUGUCCGAACAGGAACUGGUGGAUUGCGAUGAUCUUGAUGAGGGCUGUAACGGCGGCCUACCCGAUAACGCCUAUAGAGCCAUCGAGCAGCUGGGCGGUCUCGAACUGGAGUCAGACUAUCCGUAUGAGGCGGAAAACGAGAAAUGCCAUUUCAAGCAGAAUUUGGUGAAGGUAGAAUUGACCUCCGCUGUCAAUAUUACAUCGAACGAGACGCAAAUAGCACAGUGGUUGGUGCAAAACGGUCCAGUCGCCAUCGGCAUCAAUGCUAAUGCCAUGCAGUUUUAUAUGGGUGGCGUCUCGCAUCCCCUCAAAUUCCUGUGCAAUCCCAAGAAUCUGGAUCAUGGCGUGCUAAUCGUCGGAUAUGGAACAAGUCGCUAUCCACUUUUCCACAGAAACCUACCGUAUUGGAUCAUCAAGAACAGCUGGGGAAAAUCUUGGGGUGAACAGGGAUAUUACAGAGUUUACCGCGGGGAUGGCACUUGCGGACUUAACACGAUGGCCUCGAGUGCCGUGGUUGUUUAACGCUGCUACGUUAAAUAAGUUUUCCAUGACAAUUAACUUAUAAUCGUUCCAAACGAAGUUAUACAUUAUACAUACAUACAUAUAGAGAGAUAUCCUUUUCUACUAAUUAACGUCGAUUUUGAAACUAUAUCCAUUCGCUUGUCAAAGAUUUAAUGAACGCGACUUGAUCACAUUGUCAAUCUACACUAUGUAUUAUAGUAUUCACUCAAUAUGACGUUCAGCUUGUGCAAAUAUCUGGCAAGCGGAUGAAUCGUCUGGAGCUAGUUAAGUAUAUGUUGUGCAAUUUAAGCUAAGUUUAAUUUUUUGCAUAUCUAUAUAUUAGGAAAGAAAAACGGUGUUCAAAAGAAAAUCGUUUACGACAAUCCUAUUCUGUUGAAAA